AUGGGAAUCUUUAACGCACAAGUAUUGCUCGCUGCAGCUUACUACCUCACCUCGGCUUUGGCCUUGACAAUCACUGAGGAUACCGUGGUGACCUCGCCAGUCAACUUGGAGAUUGGUGAGCUUAACAUCAACGAAGGUGUCUACUACUCCAUCGUCAACAACGCUCUUACUGUUCUUGGUGGUAACUUGGACAACAAGGGUCAGUGGUUUGUUACUUCCACCAAUGGUUUGGCUGCUUCGGUUACCGUCGCUUCUGGUUCUAUCUUGAACACUGGUGACAUUGCUUUCAACGCUUUGAAGGCUAGUGUGGUGACCAACUUCAACUUGGACUCCGUUGGAACCUUCUCCAACUCGGGUAACAUCUGGAUGGGUAUCCCAGUCUUUUCUUUGGUUCCUCCUAUCAUCCUUGGAUCUGCCUUGGACUGGUCUAACUCUGGAAAGAUCUACCUUCGCCAGGAGACAGGCAGAGCCUCUCCAAUCACCAUCUCCCAGGCUAUUGGUACUGUUGAAAACACCGGUACUAUCUGUAUUGAGCGUUUGAACUGGGUUCAGACCACUACCAUCGAUGGUGACGGUUGUAUUAACGUCAUGGCUGACGGUCACCUCCAACUCGAGAUCUCCCCAUGGAACGUUGACGAGGAACAGACCAUCUACCUUUCUACCGACUCUUCUGCUUUGUCUGUUCUUGGCUUGGAGCCAAGUCUUUUGGGUACCAAGACUUACACUGUUGUUGGUUUCGGUAACAAUAACGAGAUCAGUGUCAACACUGGUUUCACCAAUUACUCCUACUCCAACGGUGUCUUGGAGCUUUCUUUCUUCCUUGGUGUGUUCAAGAUUGCUUUCAACAUUGGUCCUGGUUACCAGAGCUCUGGCUUCUCUACCAACGGCCCAGGUAACACUGGUACUACCAUCACUUACAGCGGUGCCUACAGUGGUGAUGUUCCAGACAUCUGCUUGUGUCAGGACUUCCCUACUCCACCAACUGAGCAGUCCCUGCUGAGUCUGGCUCUGAGCCUGGAGCCACCAUCGCUGUCGUCUGAAGCCCCAAGCUCUUCUGCUCCUGAGUCUUCUACUACUGACGAGAGCUCUUCUGCCCCAGAGUCUUCUGCCCCAGAGUCUUCUUCUGCUCCAGAAUCCUCCCCAGCUCCAGAAAGCUCCACGCCAGCCGAGUCUUCGCCAGCCGAGUCUUCUCCUGCCGAGUCUUCUCCUGCUGAAUCUUCUCCUGCUGAAUCUUCUCCAGCUGAAUCUUCUCCUGCUGAGUCUUCUCCAGCCGAGUCAUCUCCUGCUGAGUCCUCCCCAGCUGAGUCUUCUCCAGCUCCAGAGACCUCUACCGACGACAACAAGCCACCAGCUGAGAGUACCGACGAGGAACCAACCACCGACCGCCCACCAUUCACAACAUACACUUCUACUUGGCCAACCACUGAUGACCAUGGCAAGACCCAGACAGACUCCGGUGUUAUCAUUGUAACUACCGACUCUGAGGGCCACUUGACCACCACCACUUCUUUGUUCCCACCAGCUACUACUUCUACUAUUGAGACCACCGACUCUAACGGUAACGUCGCCACCAAGACUGUUGUUGUUUGCGAGACCACUGACUCUGAAGGUAAGCACACCACUGUCACUGAAGUCUGCCCUGAAACCACCACCUACGUUACUAAGGACAAGGGUGGAAAGGACACCACUGUCAGUGCUGUGAUCUACGAGACUGUUAAGGAAGGUACUGUCACUGUCUACACUUCUAUCUGCCCACCAGAGGGUAAGCCAACUGGCGAAGCUCCAACGGAAGGUGAACACACCAAGCCUGGUGCUCCUGCUGAGACCGGUAAGCCAGGUAAGCCAGAGGCUCCAGCUGGUACUGCCAAGCCUGAGGCACCAGCCGAGACUGGUAAGCCAAAGGGUCCUGCUGAGACUGUUGCUGGUGAGACUAACCAAGGCCCAGCUGGUACUGUCGCUGGUGGUCCAAACGAAGGUCCAGGUGAGACCGUUGCCGGCGAGACAAACGAGGGUCCAGGUGAGACCGUUGCUGGUGUCCCAGUCGCUGGCUCGACUUUGAACACUGUUUCCACUGGUGCUCCUGCUGGUACUGAGGCUCCACAGGCUGUUUCUACCUACGAAGCCGGUGCUGGUGUCCCACUGUUCGGUCCUAAGUGGCUCCUUUCCCUUGCAAUCCUCGCAGUACUUUAA